CGGAUGUCUAGUGUGAUGACAUCUACAGUUCGGAUUUUGAAAAGCGAACAGACGAUUGAAAGUUGGGUUAACUUCCUUUUUUCCGGUGUGAAAAGCCGUGAGCACAAAUCUUCAAGAUGGUGAAGAUUAUGAAACAAGGGAAAGUCGUAUUGGUCCUCAGCGGCCGAUACGCUGGCAGAAAAGCUAUUGUCAUGCGUAAUUAUGACGAUGGUACUACCGAAAAACAAUACGGUCAUGCAAUGGUUGCAGGCAUUGAUAGAUAUCCACGUAAAGUACACAAAAGGAUGGGCAAAGCGAAGAUUCAUAAACGUUCGAAGAUCAAGCCGUUUGUGAAAAUAUUAAAUUAUAACCAUUUGAUGCCCACGAGAUACACAGUAGAUCUGCCCUGGGAUAAAGUAACGCCUAAGGAUCUUAAGGAUGCAAUGAAACGCAAGAAGAUCAGAUUCCAAACGCGUGUUAAAUUUGAGGAGAAGUACAAAUCUGGUAAAAACAAAUGGUUCUUCCAAAAAUUACGAUUCUAAUUAAAUUUAAAUAAACAAACCUACAUUCAUUAAAGUGUAA